AAGUAUUCAUCAAGCAAAGAAACAAACAAACACACUUCACUCGCUACCAAGGAAGAGAGAAAAGAGAGAGAGAGAGAGAGAGAUGGCGACGUCAGGAACAUAUGUGACGGAGGUUCCUUUGAAAGGAUCGGCGGAGAAACACUACAAGCGGUGGAGGAGUGAGAACCACCUCUUCCCCGAUGCCAUCGGCCACCACAUCCAAGGUGUCACCAUCCACGACGGCGAAUGGGACUCCCAUGGAGCCAUCAAGAUUUGGAACUACACAUGCGAUGGGAAACCGGAGGUGUUUAAGGAGAGGAGAGAGAUAGACGACGAGAAUAUGGCGGUAACAUUCAGAGGACUAGAAGGUCACGUGAUGGAGCAGCUUAAAGUGUAUGACGUCAUCUUUCAGUUCAUUCAAAAGUCGCCUGAUGAUAUCAUCUGUAAGAUCACUAUGAUCUGGGAGAAGCAAAACGUUGACAUGCCUGAGCCUAGCAACUACAUGAAGUUCGUCAAGAGCCUCGCUGCUGACAUGGAUGAUCACGUUCUCAAAGCCUAAAUCCCCUUCACAUCAACCCAUUAUCACCUAAUAUCAUGAUCAUCAUCACCCUCAUACGUACAUGGCUCCUUUUGUGUGUGUGUGUGUAUCGUUUUAUGGUGUUUUCAAUACAAUAAAUGGGGGUUUGCAUGUAUGGUUUCAUCUAUUAUAUUAUGCUUUGAUGUUGUUUAUGUUUUUUUUUUUUUUUAUGUUGAGGCUUCAUGUAUGUUCAUCUAUACAUGUAUCCUUGUUAAUUAAUGAUUUUCAAGAUU